GCGUCACCGCACGGAAACCGCGUCCUCUUCUCCUUCUUCUUCAGUUUCUCCUCCGCCUCUUCGAUCCUCCCAACUCCCAAAAGGCGGAGGAGGCGAUCGUCAGCGGCGAUAGCCAGAGGGACCAAAGGCCGCCAUGUCGAUCCGCAAGGCGCUGGGCGCGGUGAAGGACCAGGCCACCAUCGGCAUCGCCCGGGUCUCGGGCGCCGUGAAGCCCGACCUCGACGUCGCCAUCGUGCGCGCCACCUCCCACGACGACGCUCCCCCCGACGACCGCCACGCGCGCGAGGUGCUCCGCCUCGCCUCCGGCGGGUCCCAGCGCGCCUGCGUCGCCUCCCUGGCGCGCCGCCUCGCGCGGACCCGCGACUACGUCGUCGCCGCCAAGUGCCUCGCGCUGCUGCACCGCCUCGCCGCCGAGGGGGACCCGCACCUUCGCGGUGAGCUCCUCCGCCCGGCCCCGAGCGGGAGGCGCGCGGGGGAGCCCGUGCUGUCGCUGCUCCUCGACUUCCGCGACGAGGCGCACGCCGCGUCGUGGGAACACUCGGCGUUCGUCCGUGCCUACGCGCUCUACCUCGACGAGCGCCUCCGGUUCCUCGUCUCCCUCCUGCCCCCGCCCCGCGCCGUGCGGUUCGCCGACGACUACAAUAACGCCGUCAGCGGCGCGUCCUCCCCGCCCGCGCCGGCGGCGAUGGCGCCGGUGGGCGACAUGGACCCCGACGGCCUCCUAAUCCGCGCGCGCCAGCUGCGGCAGCUGCUCGACCGCUUCCUCGCGUGCCGCCCCGCGGGCGCCGCCCGGACCAGCCGCGUCGUGCUCGCCGCGCUCUACCCGCUGCUCGGGGAUAGCUUCCAGCUCUACGAUGAAUUCUCCGCCGUGCUCGCUGCCCUGCUCGACCGCUUCUUCGACAUGGAGUACGCCGAGUGCGUCAAGGCGUUCGAGACCUACGUUGGCGCUGCCAAGCAGAUCGAAACCCUCCUCGCCUUCUACGCCUGGUGCGACGACGCCGGCGUCGCGCGGUCCUCCGACUUCCCCGACGUCAAGCGCGUCGACGAGAAGCUCCUCGAGACGCUCGAGCAGUUCCUGCGGGUGCGCGGCCGCGCAGGCCUCGGCUCGCCGCCGCCACUGCCACCGCAAUCGGUGCACCAAUCCGCCGGCCGUGACCAAGACGAGCCCGCGGAGUACGUCGACAUGAACGGCGUCAAGGCGCUCCCGGCGCCGCCGCCGGUGCGUGACAGCGCUGAGACCACCCGAUCGGUGCCGGCGAAAUCCUCCGCCGAUCAGGCGCGUCAGCCUGACUUGGUCGACCUUAGAGAACCAGCCGCCACGGCGGACGAGCAGGAGAACAAGCUCACGCUCGCGCUCUUCUCCGCGCCGCCGCCGGCCACGAAAGGUGCCGACAGCAGCUGGGUCGCGUUCCCAUCGGAAUCCGACGACGCUCCGGUGGCGAUCACGUCGGCGUGGCAGACGCCGGCCGCGGAGCCAGGGAAGGCAGACUGGGAGCUGGCGCUGGUGGAGACAGCGAGCAACCUGUCCCGGCAGACGGCGUCGCUCGGCGGCGGUAUGGACCCUCUCCUCCUCGGCGGGAUGUACGACCAGGGCGCUGUCCGGCGACAGGUGGCCGCGCAGGCGGUGUCGGGGAGCGCGAGCAGCGUGGCAUUGCCCACGCACGGGCACGGCGCGGCGGCGCCCGUGCUCAUGCUGCCGGCGCCCGACGGCACGGUGCAGGCGAUCGGCGGCGACCCGUUCGCGGCGUCGCUGGCGGUGCCGCCGCCGUCGUACGUGCAGAUGGCGGAGAUGGAGCGGAAGCAGCAGCUGCUGGUGCAGGAGCAGCAGAUGUGGGCGCAGUACCGGCAGGGCGGCAUGCAGGGGCAGCCUGUCGGCUUCAACGGGCUCGCCGCCGGCAGCGUGUUCGCAGCGAACACCGCGGUGGCCAUGCCCUACGGGAUGCCCGUGGCGUACAACCAUGUCGGUGGGUACUAUUAGCGAUAUGAGCAAUUGAGCAUCGUUAUUCUGUGAAUAAUACUCGUGACGACAACAAGUUAUAGUUCUUGUCUCUUGAUCGAUUCUGAAUGUGUUUGCAGUUUACACAAUAAUGAUAAAUUACUGAGAUAAGAAUCCGGUUAUGUUGGAUGUCGAUCUUGUUUCUAUCUUGGAAUUUAAAGUUGAAGUGGAGUUCAGGUUGGAAUUCACAUUUUUAUUUAAAAAAAGAUUGGAAUUCACAUUUCAGCA